CGCACAAAUCCCUCGAGCAUUCUAUCACACCCUCGAGCCCAAAGAACAAACAAAAGCCUUCCGCGAUGAGCUCGUUAUCUUUGGUCGCGAUCUCGGGACGCGCGCUUUCGACGGUGAGAAGGAGCGGCCGGAAGGGGCGAGACGAGGAAUGAAUAGGUUGUUGGCGUUCUUAGGCUUGGGGCUGGCGGGCUUCGUCCUUCUGACGAGGAGGAGGAGGAGCAAUGGGAAUCGGAAGAGUCAGCAGAGGGGCAGAACUUCCGAAGAUUUCGGCGCGUUCAUCGAGAGAUUCGUCAUCCCCCCGCCUCCGGACCCUUCCCUCCCUCUCGCCGGCCUCACCUUCGCCGUCAAAGACAUAUUUGAAAUUGAGGGACGAGUUACUGGGUUUGGCAACCCGGACUGGGCAAGGACACAUGAAGCUUCGUCUUGCACGUCUCCCGUGGUUUUGGCUCUCAUCCAAGCUGGGGCGACUUGUGUUGGCAAAACUGUCAUGGACGAGUUCGCUUACAGCAUCAAUGGAGAAAAUAAGCACUAUGGGACCCCUACUAAUCCAUCAGCACCUAUGAGGGUACCUGGAGGGUCUUCUAGUGGCUCAGGGGUUGCAGUUGCUGCAAAACUUGUCGAUUUUUCUCUUGGUACUGAUACUGGUGGCAGUGUGAGGGUGCCUGCAGCUUUUUGUGGUAUUUUUGGCUUCCGUCCAUCACAUUCAACAGUUUCUUCAACCAAUGUCAUUCCUAUGGCUCAAAGCUUUGAUACUGUUGGUUGGUUUGCUAGGAAUCCAUCAAUUUUGAGCCAAGUGGGACAGGUGCUUUUGCAACAAUCUGGGGCAGAUCGCUUACCUCAUCACAUCUUGAUUGCUGAUGAUUGUUUCAAAUUUUUGAGUGUUCCAUGUGAUGAAGUUGUCCAUUCUGUUAUUCAGGUGGCUGAGACGUUUGGCUGUCAAAUUGAUCACAAAAAUUUAGCUGACUACAUCAAUGUUAAUGUCCCAAGCUUGCAAGUGUUCAUGGAGAAAGACUGCCAAGAAGAGGAACACUUGAUUUCAACUUUACAUGCAGUUUCAACUGCCAUGCGCUUAUUGCAAAGAUAUGAGUUCAGAAAUAACCAUGGUGAGUGGUUCAGAAGUGUCAAACCCGACAUAGGUCCUGGAAUUUUAGAACGUGUACAGGAAGCACUUGCUGUAAGUGAGGAGAAUAUCAAGUAUUCUGUUGCAGCAAGAUCUGAAAUACAUUCUGCAAUCAGUGAUCUUCUAAAGGAUGAUAGUAUUCUGGUCAUGCCUACCGUUCCGGGCCCGCCUCCUAAACUGCAGACUAAAGGGAUCAUGCUAGAUGAUUUUAGGGCUAAAGCCUUCAGUUUGUUGGCAAUUUCUGGCAUGUCUGGCUGCUGUCAGGUCACCAUGCCACUGGGUACAUAUGAUGGUUGUUCAGUUGGAGUUUCAUUCUUGGCAAGCCCUGGUUCUGAUCAGUUUUUACUCAACACAGUGCAGAAGAUGCAUAGUUCUCUUGCUGGAGAAGCGACAACUUUUUGAACCAAAGAGUUAUCCAUGAUUAUCCUCCUUCCUCUCUUCUACAUUUCAUCUCUGUUUCGCUUCGGUGACCCUGAUGGUGUUAUGACAGGACUACUAGGGAACUAGCUCUGAUAUACAGAAGUUUUGUAGCGUUUACUCUCUUCCGCGCGUACUUUUUGGGAUGUGUUCUUAUGCCUUUUCAUAGAAAAAACUUGAAAAUACAUGCAUAUACUUUCUCAUACACCUAUCAGGACUAAUGGUGUGAUUAAUUAUUUGUAUGUAAUGCAUUACUACAUGGCAUAAAGUUCUUGAUA